AUGAUUAAGGUCUUAUCGCAAAAAGAUUUUCAAGAGAAAAUUGUUACCCAAUAUACGGAUGUAAUUGGGGAAAAGUUAGGUGGGAAGGUGUUGAAAUUUUCAGACGAAUGGUUUGCGGAGGCAGAAAACUUGAUCAAACCGAAGGCACCAAUUUUUGAUGCUAACAAGUUUGUUCCAGCCGGGAAGUGGUAUGAUGGGUGGGAAACACGUAGACACAAUACCGAAGAAGCGGAUUAUGUUAUUAUCAAGAUGGGAGUGGCAUCUGCCAAAUUGAUAGGAUGCGAAAUCGACACUGCGUUCUUCAAUGGUAACCAUGCUCCACAUAUAUCCGUCGAGGCUGUUUCGUUGGGUGAAGAUGAAGGCGUUGAGUCGCUUCCAGAUUCCAAGUGGGAGUCGGUGAUCCCAAAAACUGAAUGUGGACCUUCACAAAAGCACUUCUUUGUUAGAGAUUCUAUCACAGAAACUAAUUAUACUCAUGCUAGGUUGAGAAUGUAUCCAGAUGGAGGAAUUGCAAGAUUCAGAUUGUACGGGUCGGUUGUUCCAAUCCUUCCUAGUGAUUCCACGACCAUUUUGGAUACGGCAUCUGUCCUCAAUGGGGGUGUGGCCAUUGAUAGAUCGGACCAACACUUUGGAACUGCUGAUAAUUUGUUAUUGCCAGGUAGAGGCCAUGAUAUGGGUGAUGGUUGGGAAACAAAGAGAUCGAGGGAACCGGGUCACGUAGACUGGGUAGUCAUUAGGUUGGGUGCCUCAACGAAGAUUAGCAGUGUCCUUGUUGAUACGCUUCACUUUAGGGGUAACUUCCCCCAAAAGAUCAAUGUAAAGGCUAUUAAGGUUGUUAAUGAUAAAGAGAUACCUCGUUUUGACAGUGAUAAAUGGGACUUAUUGGUCGGUGAUUCAAAGACGGGCCCUGAUAAGGAACUCGAAUUCAAGGUAUCUGGAGAUAAAGUUUAUUCGCAUGUUUUGUUUACUAUGAUUCCUGACGGGGGUGUUAAAAGAGUAAGAGUUUUCGGCAAUAUCGUUUCGAACUAG